UGGCUGUUGUGCGGAGGUUCCCCGAGGACUUACGCCUCCUCUUCCCCAGGGGUGCUGACCACCACCCCCUAUAAGCUCCGCGUGUCUCCCCCCUAUAGGCUUGCGAUCCUCCCGAUGGGCCCGUUCCCAGUGUCCUGAGGGAGGGCAGGCCCCUGUCCUGGGGGCUCUUUCUCUACUCGGGUAGCCCCUGAGCUCCCCACCGGGGCUGGGAGAAGAGCAGGAGCCCUUGCAUCCUUCUCCGGGGUGCAGGCAGCCGGGAGCCGCCUCCCCGUUCUCCUAGCAGGCUGUCUUUUGUGGGGCUGAUGGGGCUCCACAUGCUGCCCUCCCCUGAGAGCAGCAGACCAGCCCUUCCCCGCACCCUCCCUGGGGCUGCCUCGGGGCAUCAUCUGCCUGGGAGGGGUCUGGGGUCAGUCCCUGCCGCGCUACCCCCAAAGGAGGGACAAGAGCCCCGUAGCUCUGCCCCUGGGCAUCCCUGGGGGCCCACAGCAAGCCCUGCUCUGCUCCCAGCUUGCUGGUGGAGCCAAAGGAGAGGAUGCCAUUGCCACGCAAUGCCAAGAUGGUGAGCACCAAGCAGCCCCGAGCAGCCAAGGUGGGCCCUGCUACAGAGAAUGCCAACCCUGAGAAGGUGAGUCCUGAGUCAGGCAAAGGGUGUGGGGGACUCCUGUGGGGCAGCUGCCCUCCUGACUCCUAUCAGUCUCUGUUGCAGGAGGAGAGCUGUCAGGCCAAGAGGUCUCCAUCCUCACCCCAGGGUGGUCCCAAGAAGAGGUCAGCGUUUGGGGACAUCACCAAUGCUCACAAGAACCAGGUGGUGGCAGAGAAGAAGGAGGUUGUGAAAGUGGCACCACACAAGGCACAGAGGGCCCAUGCUGUCCUCGGGGUGGCCAAGAACAAUGAGAUCAACCUGAAAAAGUCAAUUAAGAAAACCUCCCCAAAAGAGGCUCCUGCAAAGCCCAAACAAGAUCCUGUGCCAGAGCAGCCAGUUCCUGCACAGGUUCCGGCAGUGGAGGACAUUGACAAGGAGCAGCUGGGUGACCCCUAUGCCAAUGCCGAGUAUGCCAAGGACAUCUUUGAAUACAUGCGGGGAAGAGAGGAGAAAUUCAUGCUCCCUGACUACAUGGAGAAGCAGCCAGACAUCAGUGGGGACAUGCGUGCCAUCCUGGUGGACUGGAUGGUGGAGGUGCAGGAGAACUUUGAGCUGAAUCACGAAACGCUGUACCUUGCUGUGAAGUUGGUGGAUCACUACCUGGUGGAGGUGGUGACCAUGAGGGACAAGCUGCAGCUCAUCGGCUCCACUGCCAUCCUCAUCGCCUCCAAAUUUGAGGAGCGGUGCCCACCCUGCGUGGAUGACUUCCUCUAUAUCUGUGACGAUGCCUACAAGCGGGAAGAGCUCAUUGCUAUGGAGAUCAGCAUCCUCAACACCCUCAAGUUCGACAUCAACAUCCCCAUCCCUUACCGGUUCCUGCGGCGCUUUGCCAAGUGCGCCCGAGCCAGCAUGGAGACCCUGACCCUGGCGCGCUUCCUCUGCGAGAUGACCCUGCAGGAGUACGAGUACGCCCGGGAGAGCCCCUCCAAGCUGGCUGCCAGCUGCCUGCUGCUGGCACUCACCAUGAAGAACCUCGGUGGCUGGACCCCCACGCUGGAGUACUACAGUGGGUACUGCUCCCAGGACUUGCAUGCCCUGGUGAAGAGGCUGAACUUCCUGCUGACAUACCAGCCCCACGACAAGCUGAAGGCCGUGCGCACCAAGUACUCGCACAGGGUCUUCUUUGAGGUUGCCAAAGUCACCCCCAUGGACAUGCUCAAGCUGGAGGAGAUACUGAAGAGCUGCUAGCCCUGCCUCUGUAAAUAGCCUGUAAAUAGCUGGGUGCUCUCUGGCAGGGGGCCACCAUGUACAUAAAUAAUAGCAAUUUUAAC